GAGACAGGUCCGACCCAGGAAGCCCCCACUCGCCGGAGCAGCUGAGGCCGCGCACCACGACUGUCGCGCCGGCAGAGCGCGGAGCCGCAACUCCUGCCGCCCGUGCCUCCGGAGCCUGUCUCUGCAGCCGGAGAAGCCGCCGCGAAGAGAAGCCCGUGCCCCACCGCUGGAGAAAAGCCCCCACGGUACUGAAGUCUCGGCACAGCCGAAAUAA